CCUGAACCUCACCAACAGUGACAUCCUCACCAUUUAUGAUGGGGACGAGCUCACCGCCCGCAUCCUGGGGCAGUACGUUGGCAGCAGUGGUCCCCAGAAGCUCUACUCCUCCAGCCCUGACCUCACCAUCCAGUUCCACUCAGACCCUGCCGGGCUCAUCUUUGGGAAGGGGCAAGGAUUCAUCAUGAACUACAUAGAGGUGUCCCGCAAUGACUCCUGCUCCGACCUGCCUGAGAUCCAGAAUGGUUGGAAAACCACAUCGCACACGGAGCUGGUGAGAGGGGCCAAGAUCACCUACCAGUGUGACCCGGGCUAUGACAUCGUGGGGAGUGACACCCUCACCUGCCAGUGGGACCUCAGCUGGAGCAGCGACCCACCCUUCUGCGAAAAGAUUAUGUACUGCACAGACCCGGGGGAGGUGGAGCACUCAACCCGCCUCAUCUCUGACCCGGUGCUGCUGGUGGGGACCACCAUUCAGUACACGUGCAACCCCGGCUUUGUGCUGGAGGGCAGCUCGCUGCUGACCUGCUACAGCCGCGAGACGGGGACGCCCAUUUGGACCUCGCGGCUCCCACACUGCGUCUCUGAGGAGUCACUGGCCUGUGACAAUCCAGGACUGCCAGAAAAUGGCUACCAAAUACUUUAUAAGCGCCUCUACUUGCCAGGAGAGUCCCUGACCUUCAUGUGUUAUGAGGGCUUUGAACUCAUGGGGGAGGUUACCAUCAAAUGCAUCCUGGGCCAGCCGUCCCACUGGAGCGGACCCCUGCCCAUCUGCAAAGUGAAUCAAGACAGCUUUGAACAUGCUCUGGAAGUAGCAGAAGCUGCUGCAGAGACAUCACUCGAAGGGGGAAAUAUGGCCUUAGCCAUAUUCAUCCCGGUGCUGAUCAUCUCCUUGCUGCUGGGAGGAGCGUACAUCUAUCUCACAAGGUGUCGGUACUACUCCAGCCUCCGCCUUCCCCUCAUGUACUCCCACCCCUACAGCCAGAUCACAGUAGAAACGGAGUUUGACAACCCAAUUUAUGAGACAGGGGAAACAAGAGAAUACGAAGUUUCAAUAUAAGGACAGCGGUAAGAGAGUCUCCGGCUGCGAACUUAAUGUGCUCUCAUAGAACUUCCUCAGUAACUAAUCCAGAGACCACGUGGAGUUUGGUUGGACCCCUGGACCUGCUGUUGUCUUUCCUUUUGCCUCUUUAUUGAAGAUUUUACUGUUUUCUUCACUGUAUUUAUUCUAUUUAAACUGCGAUAGGUAUGCUGCAGAGCCCUGGGAGCAGGCAGCAGUGGGAGCCAGGGCAGAGCUGGGUCCCGGUGAGGCCAGGGUGUCACGGAGGCAUCCGCUGUCAUCCCCGCUCUGUGCGGCGGCACGUCCC